AUGGCGACUUCACCGCCUGGGGAUCCCGGAUCACCUGAUAAAGGCAAGAAUGCCACUUCGUUGAAACGGAUGAGAGAGGGAUCCAUAGAACCCACUCAAGCGGACGUGGCAGCUUUCACCCCUAUACAAACGAAGAAAAAUCGUCUUGAUUCUCGUAAACCCCUCACACCUGAUCAUCCAUCACCCACUAGUUCUGAUGAACAAGACGAAGUCGAAGAAAUGGAUGGGGUCGACAACGUUUCCGACGGACCAACACAAGCUCCUACUCCCGCACCGGCCCCUUUGAACUCUCCGCCUAGCAGUGAUGAAGAAAUUGAAAAACCACCUGUCAAGGAACCUGGUGGAGUUGGGGAAGUGAGACGAAAAGUCGAAGAAAUGGUGACAAAUGAUCACACCAAAGACAUCACCGACCUUUCAGUCGAACCUAUUGUCGAAGAUUCCGUUGAGGUGGUGGCUGGAGACGAAUCAAUGGGAAAGUGGGAAACUAUCAAAGACAACGAGGUCAAAGAUGCUCGGGAACAUGUUGAGACUGUUCCUGAUGAAUCUCGAGAAAGAGAAGAUGUAGAGCUGGAUAGUGGAGACGACGCGGAUCCUGUUGUCAAAGGGAAAAGGAAAUCCAUCGUCGCGGAAGAAGAGGAUUUGGAAGUCGAAAAGAAAGUCAUGAAGUCUGAGAGUGAAGAAGCUGUAGGUGACGAGGGAAGAGUAUCACCGAAACUCGUCGAGGAGAAGGAGAAGGUAUCAGUACCGCAGAAACCUCAAUCAGCCUUUGGUGCCUUCGCCUCUAUCUCUUCACCAUUUGCAGCUCUCAAACCGGCGGCAGAUGCUCCCACAGAGGUCUCCUCAACACCCGAAUCGUCCUUUCUUCCUCCUGCUCCAUCGUCUGUGGUCGAACCAAAAUCUAAAGAUCCUGCUGCCGUAUCUGAUGUGGCUUCCCAGCCCAAGAAACCCCAAGCCACAUUCGCCUCUUUCUCCUCCGCUUCCCCUUUCGCAACACUCAGAUCGGCCUCUCCACUAGCUUCCUCAUCUGCUCUCCCGCUGUCUACCGCCACCAAACCAAGCUUACCAAGUAUUUCGGGCGGAGGUGCAUUCGGUUCAUAUUCCAACACAUCCAGCCCUUUCGCUGUGAAUAGCAAGAAGGAAAGCCAUGAGCCCAGUACUUUCGAUGACAAGCUCAAAGAGACUACUGGGGGUGAUGAGGAUGAAGGGGGAAAGGUACAUCUGGCUGAACAAUACGUAUCUACUGGAGAAGAAGACGAGGAGAAUCGAUAUCAGACCCGAGCUAAAUUGUUCAUUAUGCAAGCGGACGGCGGAUGGAAAGAAAGAGGUGUAGGGAUGCUCAAGCUUUUGGUACGGAGAUCUGAUGGGAAAGGUGCCAGACUAGUCAUGCGGGCUGACGGAGUCCUGCGGCUCAUUCUGAAUUGCGCGUUGUACACAGGAAUGUCGUGUCUGGAGGAUGGAAAGCAUGUCAGAAUGACCGUGUUUGACGAAGGUCAACGACAGUUUGUGACUUUGAGACUCGGUACAGCCAAAGCCGCUUUAGAAUUAAGUGAGGUGAUACACGAUUACAUACCACUAACAAGUGCUUCUGCCAGUAAAUCGCCCGAAUCGGUACCAGAGGCCGUCUGA